UUUACUCUUGUUCGGUUCUGGGUUAUACUUCAGAAGGAGAUCGUGAGGUCAAAAUCAGAAUCAAUGGCGUCGGGAUGGGGGAUAACAGGCAACAAAGGGAGGUGCUACGAUUUCUGGAUGGAUUUCAGUGAGUGUAUGUCUCGUUGCAGAGAACCCAAAGACUGUUCUCUUCUCCGUGAAGACUAUCUCGAGUGUCUUCACCACUCCAAAGAGUUCCAACGAAGAAACCGGAUAUACAAAGAGGAGCAGCGUCAGAUAAGAGCUGCUGCACAGAAGGCAAAAGGUGGAGACGGGGAUGGAGUUCCUCAUCACUAGCGUACGAUUUUGUUUCUUUCUGCUUUAUAAUAAUGACUCAAGUGUGCAAUCUAUUUGUUUCCCAUGGGAAUUCGGUGCGCCAUUUUGUUGUUCCAAGUUGUUGAGUACCAGUUUGUUAUCAGCAACAUGAUAUCGUUGAUUUGAACUUUUAAGCACAUUAUCUCAUAAUGUUAAAUUGUACUUUUUGUCGAUUA